ACACAUUCUAGUAAUGUAAUAAAGUCAAAAGUAGUAACGGAGAUGUAUGACUGCUUCGAGGGUAGCAAAAAGGUCUAUAUCGUACUUCAACCAACAAAGGUCUCACAUGUCCCAGGAACGCUGAGGAAGGACUUUCCAUAGCGCUGAAGAAGGACUUUCCUUAGCGCUGAAGAACUACUUGACGUUAGAUCCCACAUUCUUAAUCCUCCGUUAUUUUCCAGCAUUUGCUAAUUAAAAUUCGAAUUACAUUGCACUGAUCUACAUUGCUGAAGAUAUGGCGAAUGAUAACAUGAUUGUCACAAACACGCCGGCGAGAGAUCUUGUCUCCACCAAUUUUGCUUAUUGUUCCCUUGUUGAUCUUCGUCGUCUUGCUGUCCCUGGAUUGCGCCAGGUUUUUGCUUAUGUUGGUGAUUCUUGGGUCCUUUCCCUUGGAACCCAUGAUGAUGUGCCAAAUGGGAGCAUAGGUCUAAACGCUGUCCAGCGUAAGUAUCUGAGAGUUUCGACAGGGGAUUCGAUUCAUGUGAGAAGGUUUGUUCCUCCUCAAGAUUUUAAUCUCACUGUUCUCACUCUUGAAUUGGACUAUUUAUCUAGAGCAAAAGCCAGAGAUGAACAAGUUGAUGCUGUCGUUGUAGCUCAACUAAUUAAGAGGAGGCUUGUUGACCAGGUCAUGACAGUGGGCCAAAAGGUUACUUUUGAGUACCUUGGCAAUAACUUUCUUUUCACAGUCAGUCAGGCUGUUGUUGAGGGACUGGAAAAGUCAGAUAGUGAAAGAGGAAUGCUGACAUCGGAUACAUAUAUUAUUUUUGAGUCAGCUGGAGGCAGCGGAAUAAAGAUAAUUAAUCAACGAGAAUCAGCUAGCAGCAACCUUUUUCGACAAAAAGAAUUUAAUUUAAAGGCACUUGGUAUAGGUGGUCUUAGUGCGGAGUUUGCAGAUAUAUUUCGGAGAGCUUUUGCCUCUCGGGUUUUCCCUCCCCAUGUUACAAGCAAAUUGGGUAUCAAGCAUGUGAAGGGAAUGCUUCUUUAUGGGCCUCCUGGUACUGGGAAGACUUUGAUGGCACGUCAGAUUGGAAAGAUGUUAAAUGGAAAAGACCCAAAGAUUGUCAAUGGGCCAGAAGUGUUGAGCAAGUUUGUUGGUGAGACUGAGAAAAACAUCAGGGAUUUAUUUGCUGAUGCUGAGCAAGACCAGAGAAAUCGAGGGGAUCAGAGUGACUUACAUGUUAUUAUCUUUGAUGAAAUAGACGCUAUUUGUAAGUCAAGAGGUUCUACUAGGGAUGGUACAGGUGUUCAUGAUAGCAUUGUCAACCAGCUACUAACAAAGAUUGAUGGGGUGGAGGCCCUUAAUAAUGUUCUAUUGAUCGGGAUGACCAAUCGAAAAGAUUUGCUUGAUGAAGCACUUUUAAGGCCUGGACGUUUAGAGGUUCAGGUGGAGAUAAGUCUCCCUGAUGAAGCUGGUCGUUUGCAAAUUCUUGAAAUACAUACAACCAAGAUGAAAGAAAAUUCAUUUCUUGCACCAGAUAUCAAUUUAGCUGAACUGGCUGCCAGAACAAAGAACUACAGUGGGGCAGAGCUUGAAGGUGUUGUAAAAAGUGCGGUUUCAUAUGCUUUAAAUAGGCAAUUAAACAUGGAUGAUCUGAAUAAGCCAGUGGAUGAGGAGAACAUAAAAGUUACCAUGAAUGACUUUCUAGAAGCCCUUGAAGAAGUUAGACCAGCUUUUGGAGCAUCUACUAGUGAUCUUGAACGAUGCAGGCUUAAUGGCAUGGUGGAGUGUGGUGUACGCCAUGAGCACUUUCAGCAACGUACCAUGCUACUUGCAGAACAAGUAAAACUUAGCAAAGGCAGUCCACUCCUAACUUGUCUUCUGGAAGGUCCAAGUGGCAGUGGGAAGACUGCGAUGGCGGCAACAGUUGGUAUCUGUAGUGAUUUUCCAUAUGUGAAGAUUGUCUCAGCAGAAUCCAUGAUUGGUCUCAGUGAGAGUACUAAAUGUGCACAUAUUGUCAAGGUUUUCGAGGAUGCUUACAGGUCACCAUUGAGCAUAAUUAUAUUAGAUGAUAUUGAGAGGCUUGUAGAGUAUGUGGCUAUUGGCCCUCGGUUUUCAAACAUCAUUUCGCAAACACUGAUGGUUCUCCUGAAACGACUUCCUCCACUGGGAAAGAAACUUCUUGUGAUAGGGACAACUAGUGAAGUUGGUUUCUUGGAUUCAAUUGGCAUUCGUGAUUCAUUCUCAGUCACCUAUAAUGUCCCUACAUUAAAAACUGAAGAUGCUCGAAAGGUGUUGCAGCAACUCAAUGUCUUCUCAGAGGAAGACAUAGAUUCUGCUGCUGAGGCCUUAGAUGAUAUGCCAAUCAAAAAAGUUUACAUGCUAAUUGAAAUGGCUGCUCAAGGAGACCAAGGCGGUCGAGCAGAAGUCAUUUAUUCUGGCAAAGAGAAGAUCAACUUAUCUCACUUCUACGACAGUCUUCAGGACAUUGUCCGCUACUGAUUCACAUCAGUAUUGUGCUUCUGCAGUGUCUAGCUCUGAUUUUCUGUACACCAUUUCGGAUUUGGCAGAGCUUUUGAUCAUAUAGGUUGUGUGAUUUAUCAUAUAUUCUUUUAUACUUUGUUUAUAAUUUUUUAGGCACAAACUAUCCUGAAAACACUACUUGUGUAACCAUGGUUUUAUAGUCUUAGUUGAAGUGUAUUCAGGACCUUACAGGUUUACCUAAUACCAUGUAUCACAAAUUUUCCAUUCAUUUCUUUAGAUACAAUGCUUGAUAGAUUCAUGAUCAUGUGACGUGACAAGGAUAUUUGAGCUAACUGUCACAAACCUAUCAAUCAUGCUUGAUGGACGAGCGAGGGAAUGGUGUGAGAGAUUUAGGCGUAGAAGUUCAUAUUACACGAGAUAGGAAUGCCUGAAAGAGACUUUAUUUGGAUGAAUACUCCGACUAGAUUAUUGGUUUAUGUAAUAUAUAUUCGAUUUAAGCCUUUGCCCAUGGUUGGACUAUGCUUGGUAUAUUUGAUGUACUAUUGAAAUGUUACUAUGUUUAAAUGAAAAUAUUUUGUAAUCCACAAA